AAAAUAAAAAAAAUUAGUUUUUGCUUUCUUAUAGGAGAAAGGUAAUCAAACUUCAACCUCUCGUUUCCUUGUCAUCUCCAUAGCUUUUGGGGCACACUAUCUUACUCAAGUAUGUCAUAAAUAUUAAGGUGCAACAAAUUAUAGAUAUGUUGAGACAUCCAAUUUCUCUGGAACCCCUCAUACACUAUAUAAUUCUCUGAAUUUGAAACCUCAAUUUCUCCAAGGUUUCCCUAUUACACCUGCAUUUAUUAAGAUCCUAGUAUCUGAAAACCCUUUUUUGUUUUUCCAUUCAAGGACUUGCCGUGUUCAGAUCUAAGAAAAUUGCGCCUGGCCUCAUCCUUGGAAGAUCAACCCUUUUUGAGUCGCAUCAAUGGAGAUUUCAUCAGCGAAAUGGCUAUCAGAGUUGGGAAUGGAUGAAUACAACUACAUCCACCAAUCCCACACGAACACUCUUGAUGGUUUUACCACACAUGACAUGGCCACUGCAAUGAGGCCUGCCAAGCAGCCAAAGACUAACAGUUGGGACUCUUGCAUCACAGACCAUGUUUCGCCAAUACCUUCUUCCUCCCACAUUCUUUCAUUUGAGAAUUCAAUUUCAAUGCUAACGAACCCUCAAGAGUUCUAUGGAAGUCAUGACUCCUCCCUGAAGCUAAACAACGAGAUGGUUUCCCAAGCAAAUAUACACUUCCCACCUUUGAUUUCCAAGGAUUCCUUUGAGAACCAAGACUAUGCACCAAAAGCCAGCCUGCAAGGGAUUAAGAGGACCUACUCAUCAAUGACCAGAAAUCCUUCAAACGCUCAAGAUCAUAUUAUUGCGGAGAGGAGGCGUAGAGAAAAGCUCGGUGAACGGUUCAUAGCUCUUUCAGCCAUUGUUCCUGGCCUAAAAAAGAUGGACAAAGCUUCUGUCCUUGGAGAAGCUAUCAACUACGUGAAAGAGCUUCAAGAGCGCAUAAAAUUGUUCGAGGAACAGACCAAGAAAAGAACUGUGGAAUCUGUGGUUUUUGUGAAGAAGUCUCAGCUCUCAGCUGAUGAUGACACCUCUUCGUGUAACGAGAACUCUGAUAACUACUCUGAUGAAGCACUUCUUGAGAUCGAAGCAAGAAUUUCAGAAAAGGAUGUACUUAUCAGAAUCCACUGCGAGAAACAAAAAGGAGCUAUUGUGAAAAUACUAAGCGAAAUAGAGAAGCUUCAUCUAAUUGUUGUCAAUAGCAGUGUCUUGCCUUUUGGGAAUUCCACUAUUGACAUAACCAUUAUUGCUCAGAAGGGCAACGAAUUCAAUAUGACAACAAAGGAUCUAGUGAAAACUCUACGGGUGGCUUUAUUGAAAGAAAUGUAAAUCCAACAUGCUACACCAAGAUCAUUCAGUUCGUGUAUGAAGACCUUAUUCUUUCAAUCUGUACAUCAAGAGAGCUUAAUUUAGAAGAUCAUCCAUAAUUUUUGUUUCUCAGACCUAAAUCUCAAGAGAAGCCACUGCUUGCAACCUCUACUUUCUUCUCCACCUGUUUUUGGGACCAUUUGCUAUUACCAAAGCUUGUUUUCUCAUCAUGAGGGUUCUGUACUUCUGUUCUGUUGGAGGGGUUUUUCUUGUUCUUGAUUUUUGCGCGGUUGACUUGUUGACCACGUUGAAUUACCCAACUCACUCGUCUUGAAAUAAUUAAACCUCAUGGCUAUUCCGCUAUAAUUUAUUAUAACUAGGGUUUUUGGAGAGGUCUGAGCUUUCAUGUGGCUUAUAAAGUUAUAAUAGUCAUAAUGAAAUCUUUUUCUUA